AUGUCUUCUGAACAAUUGAAUCUUGCUGAUUCAAUUAAAAAAGUACAUCAACAAUUACGUCAUGAUGUAAAUCAAACACCAGAAGCUGCUGAAAUGAUUUGGAAUGCUCAUGUAGCUAAUAUAGAUAAAUUGAAUAAAUAUGCAAAAUCCAUGCGUCAACUUGCUGAAUAUCAUUGGGCAGAAAAAGCUCAUGGUCAAACACGUUUAACAUGGUGUUAUGAAACUAUUAAAGAUUAUUAUCAUGGGAAUGAAAUAAGUGGUCUUGAAAGAAAACGUGCUCGAGAUAAACGAAAACAGACUUAUACAGACAUUUGUGAAAACUGUCAAAUAAGAAUUCAACAAGGAAUUACUAAACCACAUGUACUUGAUGUUGGGAGUUGUUACAAUGCAUUUUCUAAUUUUACUGAUCUCGAAACAAUAGCAAUUGAUAUUGCACCAGCUGAUGAAUCAGUACAUCGUAUUGAUUUUUUACGUCUUCCACAACCACCUUUAAUAUGUAUUCAUUCAUUUGAUGCUAUUAUUUUUUCACUUGUUCUUGAUUAUUUACCAACAUGUCGUCAACGUCUUUCAGCAUGUCUUAUUGCUCAUCAACUUUUAACUUGUCUUGGUUUAUUACUUAUUGUCGAACCUGAUUCAACUUUAAGGGAUAAUCGACAAAAAUCUUGGCGACAAGCACUUAAUUCAAUUGGUUAUUCUUUAGUAUCAUAUGUUAAAGUAACCAAUUUAUAUUGUAUGGCGUUUCGAAAAAUAAUUCAACAAGUAACAAUAAAUGAAGAUGAAUAUGAAAAAAUAUCUCAAUUAUUUAAUAUUCCUCAAGAUAAUAUUACUAUUGAUAAUGAAUCACAAAAACUUGAACAAAAAUCUAUUCCUGUUGAUCAAGAUUUGUUUAAUGAACUACCAUUUUCCUUUGAUUAG